UGUGUGUGUGUGUGUGUGUGUGUGUGUGUGUGUGUGGAUCAGUUUCGUUCAGCCACCGAGCGAGGUGGUGGGAAGAAAACAAAGAUGGGAAAACUUCAGGAAUUCCAGAUCACUCUAAACAGCAACAAAGUGGUUUAUAGUCCAGGAGAGUCCAUUUCCGGUACUGUGAAAAUCUCCACCGCUCAGCCGAUCCAGUGUAAAGCAAUCAAGGUGAACUGCCACGGGUCAUGUGGCGUGACCAACAAAGUGAACGACACGGACUGGCUCGAGGAGGAGCAGUACUUCAACAGCUCUCUCUCUGUAGCUGAUAAAGGCACUUUGAAACAGGGUGAACAUAUUUUCCCCUUCAAGUUUCUCAUACCAGCCAUAGCUCCAACGUCAUACGAAGGACCGUACGGAAAGAUCAUGUACAAAAUCCGAGCGUUUAUCGACACGCCUCGCUUCUCAAAAGACUACAAGACCGAGAAGCCUUUCUACAUGCUGAACAACGUCAACCUGAACGACGUGCCCGAGAUCUACGAGCCAAACUCUUCAACUAUAACUAAGAAUUUCUCAUACAUGCUGGUGAAGAACGGGACGGUCGUCCUGGUGGCUAAAACGGACCAACGUGGAUACACUGAAGGUCAGAUCAUUAAAGUGUCCACAGAGAUCGACAACCAAUCGGGGAAGAACACGGGCCAUGUCGUGGCAGGCUUAAUUCAGAGAGUGACGUAUCACACGAAGAAACCGACACAUGAAGUGAGAACGAUCGCGGAGGUGGAGGGAGCCGGAGUCAAGGCAGGCAAACGGGCCGAGUGGAAAGAGCAGAUCAUCGUUCCUCCUCUUCCACAGUCGUCUCUGGCUGGAUGUAACCUCAUCGAGGUCAAUUAUUUCAUUCAGGUGUCUUUGAAAUACCCGGAAAUGUUACUGACACUGCCAAUUCAUAUCGGGAACGUCGCGGUCGAUCCGAGUCUCCGUCCUCCUCCUCCUCCUAAAGUCUCAAAGACCCCCAAGACGGCUCCCACCCCUGCACCACGGACUACCCCGGCGUCUCCUACAUCACUCAACGUCCCUGCAGCCACUCCUCCUCCGUCCGCCUCCCCCAGCCUGCCUCCUCGCCCCGCCCCCCGGCCCCGACCUCGCAGCAUGUGCGUGACUCCGAGCGCGCCCCCGGCCGAGCCGGACAUGAUGGGAGCUGGGGAUCGUCAGAGCGAAGAGAUUCCUACGAAGAUCCACUCUCAGCAUCAAGGCCCCAUGUCCCCCAGCGCCUUUAGCUACGCUCCGGGACUCGUGUUCCCGCAGAAUAACAUCAACCCCUCAGCGCCUCACUUCUCUCUCUCCACCGGGGCCACCAUCCCCUUCUUCAGUGAAGGAAACGGCCCACCGGUGCCUACUACCUGCUCCUUUAUCCUGCCUCCAGAUUACAGAAGCUCAGCAAACCCACACGAGCCUCCACCAUCUUACGAAGAAAGCUUCCUCACCACGUAAACACCACAUUCUGCUCUGUACUGAACAACAGCUGAUGACUCACUUUGGGACUGAUGUCCUUUCAUAACCACACUUACUGCACUUUUCGGACAUCGUAGUCCCUCUGGAAGUCCGUGAUCAGAGCAAACAAUGGAACAGUGGAAGAUUUUUAUUUUUUUUAUUUUAUUUUUUUUUGUGAAGCAUGCAGUGACAUCUCAAUUCCGACUUUCUUCAACUCUGAAUAUUUUUUAUUCUUCGUUAUUUUUGUUCUUGUUCAUGGGAGACAUUGCGUUCAUUCAUAUUCAUUACAUAGAUUUGUUCAUAGCCCAGUGGGGGGAAAAAAACGUUUGUGUUUUAUAAUAAAUAAUAAUUGCUGCUAUUGGCAAAUAAAUAUAAAUGUGAUUUUUAAAAUAAAAUUUCACUUCUUACAGGCAAUAUUUACAGAAAAUGUGCCUUGUCAAUGGUUCCUGUUUCAUUUUAAACAGUUUUACUAAUACAAUAAACGUUUCUAGGAAAUAAAGGAAGCUAUUUUUAUUUGCUUUUCAUUUCCUUUCUCUUUUUUUUGCUUUGAAGAUAUUCAUGAAAUGUAAACACUAUUUUUGCCAUUCCUUUAAAUUCAACCAAACAAUACUUUGAUUUCAGUACCACAUGCAAUAAAAUGUAACACUACGUUUUAAUAAAAC